AUGGGGUCUGGCUCCUCCACCAAGGCCCAUUCCAGCACUUCCUGGGCGCCCUCCGCCACCGCCGACGCCCCGCGCCGCAUCAGCAAGUCGGGCUACGACAUCACCCCCCUCACGGCGGAGCAGCGGGAGGCGGCCGCCGCGGGGCUGACCCCCCACCAGCGCGACGUGGCCCUGGCCAGCGGCACGGAGCGCGCCUUCACGGGCAAGACCGUGGACGGCACGCCCCACGACAGCAAGGCCAAGGGUCUGUAUGUCUCGGCCGUGGGCGGGCUGCCCCUCUUCUCAUCGGACACCAAGUUUGAUUCGGGCACCGGCUGGCCGAGCUUCUAUACUCCCGUUGACCCAGAUCAUGUGAUUGAGGUGACAGACGCCUCCAUCCCCUUCAUGGUCCGUACAGAGGUGUUGGACGCAAGGUCCGGCGCACACCUGGGCCACGUCUUCAACGACGGCCCCCGGCCCACCGGCAAGCGGUACUGCAUGAACGCUGCAGCACUGCGCUUCAUUCCCGCAGGGGCCGAUGUCCCGCCAGAAUCGAAGCCGGUGUCACCCUGA